AAACCUCAGUCACAAACUGAGACCACACUCAGCUCCAUCUCCAGCCCAUUUCCAGCCCUAUCCUCAUCCCCCAGCCAGGCCACACCACUAAUUCUAAUACUAACCCCAGCUUGUUCUUUAACUCCCACCCAGAGCUUCAACCCGAGUCAACAUGAAUCUUAAUACCAUCCCCAACCCCAAGGUGACCCUCCAGCCUGCUCUAUUUCCAGCUUCAGGGCCAAGUUAGGCCAGGCUCUAUCCAUGGUAUCAACAUGAGUAUUGACCCCAGUCCUAGGAGGAAAUGUAACCUCAAUUGUAGCCCCAACGAUAGCCCCAUUCUACUAGUAAAUUUAGCUCUAACUUCACUUCUACUUUCACCAACACUUAACCCUACCCUGGCCCAAAGAUCAGUCCUGACCUCACUUCUGACCUCAGCUGCAAACCCAGGCCUAAUUCCAUUCCUAGUCCUAUUCCCUGGCUCAUCCUCAACCUGAACUUCUCUUGCCUCAACUCCAGCCCUGACCUCAGCUCCAAUAUAGUCCCAGCCUCCCCAGUCCCCCAAAAUUCAGCCCCAGCCUGGCCCUGGCCCUGCCUCCAUUUCAGCUUUGACAGUCUUGCAGGGGGUCCAACCAUGUCAAUGAAGUAUGAAGACCUCCAGUCCUUGGAGAGUGAGAAGAAUAGCCAGAGGACUAGAAAUGGGCUGCCUGUGCCCCAGGUCCUCCUGCAGCACCUCUGCUCUGGACCCCGCCUCUUCCUGCUCUUCCUGGGCCUCAGCCUCCUCCUGCUGGUUGGCAUCUGUGUGGUUGGAUCCCAAAGUUCCAAGAUUCAGAGGGACCUGGAGACCCUGAGAGCAACUUACAGCAACUUCACUUCAAACACUGAGGCAGAGGUCCAGGCACUGCAUGCCCAGGGUGGCCUCUUGCAAGAAAUGAUAACAUCUCUGAAAGCAGAGGUGGAAAGCCAGGGGCAGCAGCUGCAAGCAGCUCACAGCUUGAAUGACAAGGUGUUCUCUUUGGAGAGCAAGGUGGAGAAAGAGCAGCAGGAACUCAAAGCAGGCUAUUCUGACAUGGUCAUGCGAGUCCAGGAGCUGGCCAGAGACCUGAACUCCCUGAGUUGCCAAAUGGCUGUGCUCAAGAGCAAUGGUUCCCAGAAGACCUGCUGCCCUGUUAACUGGCUAGAGUAUGAAAGCAGCUGCUAUUGGUUCUCUCGUACUGGGAGGCCCUGGCCGGAGGCUGAGAAGUACUGCCAGAUGGCGAAUGCACACCUGGUGAUCAUCAACUCUAGACAGGAGCAGGAUUUUGUCCAGCAACAUAUAGGAUACUCAUACACCUGGAUGGGCCUCAGUGAUCCUGAAGGAGUCUGGAAAUGGGUGGAUGGAACAGACUAUGAGACCAACUUCAAGAACUGGAAGCCAGGCCAACCAGACAACUGGCAUGGGCACGGGCUGGGUGGAGGUGAGGACUGUGCUCACUUCCACCCUGAUGGCAAGUGGAAUGACGACGUCUGCCAGAGGCCCUACCACUGGAUCUGUGAGGGCAGCUUAGGCAAGUUUACAUAGGAGUGUCUGAGAGCUGCUUCCUGUGGACCACUCAACCAUGGAAAUGGGAGGGAUUGGGGAGAGGAUUCUUCCAAGACACUCCUAACAAGAGCCCCGGGAGAUCAGAGCUCUGCCAUCACGUUCAAGUUUUCCCCCUCAACUUCCAAAAGACUGUAUAGAGUUACUAAGAUGUUUUUUAAAAUUAAAUUUCAGCUCUAUUGAGGUAUAAAUAAUAUAAAAAAUGUAAGUUACUUAAAACGUACCUCAUUUAUAUAUGUAUACAUCGUAAAAGAUUUCCCUAUCUACUUAAUUACCACACCUAUAACACACACAUUUAUCUUUUGUGUGUGCAAACACUUAAGUUUUACUCUCAGCAAAUUUCAAUUAUACCAUACAGUGUUAUCAACUGUAGUCAUCACGUUUUCCAUUAGAUUCUCAGACUUUAUUAAUUUUAUAACUGUAGUUUGUACCCACUUACCAACAUCUCUCUAUUUUCCUCACUCCCAGUCAACCACUUUUCUACUGCUUUUAUGAAUUUAAGUUUAGAUUCCACAUAUAAGUGAUGCCAUGCAGUAUUUGUCUUUCUCAGUCUGGCUUACUUCAUGUAGCGGAAUGCCCUCAAGGUCCACCAUGUCAUAGCAAAUGGCAGGAUUUUUCUACCUCAUGAACAAAUAAUAAUCCAUUGUACAUAUGUACCACAUCUUCUUUCUCUAUUCAUCCAUUGAUGAACACUUAGAUUACUCCCUUAUCUUGGCUAUUGUUAGUAAUGCUGCAGUGAACAUGGAGGUGCAGGUAUUCCCUUGCUUUCCCAUUUUCAUUUCCUUUGGAUAAAUUUCCAGAAGUGGGAUUGCUGGAUCAUAGGGUAGUUCUAUUUUUAAUUUAUAAAGUAACCUUCAUAUCGUUUCCACAGUGCAUGCACCAGUUUACAUUCCCAUCAGUAGUGCCUAAGGGUUCCCUGUCUCCAUAGUUUCACAAACCUAAGUUUUUUUAACUUAAAACAAUCAACUUUAUUGAGGUAUAAUCCUUACACAAUAAAAUGCACCCACUUAAAGAGUAGAGAUGACUUUUGAAAAAUAUAAAUACCUAGAUAACUAUGACUCAAACAAGGUAUAGGACAUUUCUACCUCCUCCUCCAAGUCCCCAGUUCUCCUUUGCAGUCUAACCCACUUUCUUGUCACCAGGCAGUCAAUAGUCUCCUUUCUUUCACUGAUGAUUGGUUUUGCCUAUUCUAGAAUUUCAUAUAAAUGAAAUCACACAGUAUAUACUGUUUUGUGAAACCAUAUGCAUUUCAUGUUGACUGAUUUCUAACAACCAUAGAACAGAAUACAGAAGCUGUGUUAUAGUGAAAGGAACAUUUUCUUUCAUAUGCAUUGAAUUCCAUUUUUUCUGUCAUUUAAAAGCUGUGUAUUCUUGGUGUGAUAAGGAAAGUGACUGCCUAAUUUCUUUGAAGAUCCUAGAGUUGUUGGGAAAGGUAGAUAACGACCCCAGGUGUAUUCAUUAGCUACUGCUGUGUACAAAACCACCUCAAUGCUCAGUGGCUUAAAGCAGUAUCCAUGUAUUAUAGCUAAUGUGUCUAUAGGUCAGCUGGGUGUUUUUUUGUCUGGCCAGGCUUGGCUCAUCUUAACUGGGCUCGUUCAUGUAUUUGAGGUCAGCUGGUGGACUGGUGGGGAUCUAGCUGGUUUAGAACAGCCUCACUCCCAUGUCUGACAUUUGCCUGACUCCGGGCUGGAACAAUGGGAUGGCUGGGCCAUUUUUAGGCUAGCCUUGGCUUAUUCACAUAGUGUUUGGGCAGGGUUCAAAAGAGUAACUAGAAAUAUGCAGGUAGAGUCUUAGUUUUGGAACAAGCAUCACUUCUGCUAAAUCCUGUUGGCCAAUGUAGAUCACAAGGCAGCCCCAAUUCAAGGAGGCAGGGAAUAGACUCUACCUUUUGAUGGGAGGAGCUAUAAAGCCAUAUUGUGGAGAGAACGGAUAUAGGGAGUGGUGGAGAUUGCUGUGGUUUUCAAUCAAUCUGACAUACCAGAGGAAGCAUCUCAGCUGUAAAGAACCCUCCCAGAACUAAGGGUUCUCAUUAAGAGAGGCCAGGACCCAUGCAUUGCUGUAUCAUUUGCACCCAUGCAAGUAGCUGGCAUAUAGGAGGGUUUCAAUUAGCGUUAAUUAAAAAUAAAGAGGGUGAUGUUAGUAGGAAGGUAUGAGAAGGACAAAAUUAUCUCCUGGGAGGCAGCUCACCUUCACUUCUCCCUGCCUACCAGCAUCACAUAACAAUAAUCAGACUGAGUACCUGGUGACUCACUGAGAACCUAUCAGAUAAUUUUGUACCACAAAAGGAUCUUUCAGUGGCUGAGCCUAACAGGCAGCCACCAUACUGAGGCAAGUAGAAGUGAAUCUGAGGUGCCUUGGGCCUUUUGCUGACUUGCUCUCGAGCUCAGUGCUGGAGAAGCCAGCUUUGAUGCCCACCUUGGACCCUUCCACACAUCCAGCCAAGCGGAAGCAGCCACAAACUGUGGAUUGCUUUGUAGCUACAUAUAGGUAGCCCAGGGUCAGACACAGUUAGCAUCUGACAUUGACUUCACUGGAGUACCUCCCAAGAUGCUCCAGAACUAAGACACCCAGUGCUGGGCUUUAGGUCACAUCAAAACAGAACCCAAUUAACUCCACAAGUAGCACAUCUAAAGGGAAAUUUAUGCAGGCACCAGACCCUGCUAAGGCAAAUUCUGCUUCAUGUGAUCCACACCCACACAGGAGCUCAUACAUUGUGAUUGGGGUUGAUCCUUACUGUCAGCCAGCCUAAAGGUCAAAUACACACAUGGAGGAGCCAACAACAAUCAAGACUCAACUAUAAUAGGGAGGCUCACAUAACCCACAUAGGGAACAUUUCUAGAGCACCUUGCUAAAGUGAUAAGGGUGACUAUGUGACUGAGCCCCCCAGGAUACCUAUCACAUAAGGCAUCCCUACCAAGACUAGGAGUCAUAGCAGAUUUACCUAAUACACAGGAAAAAAUACAGAGAGACAGCCAAAAUGGGAAGACAGGAAACAUGCCCUGAAUAAAAGAACAGGAGCAAUCCUCAGAAAAAAGGAACUAAAUGAAAUGGAGGCAAGCGAACUACCAGAUACAAAGCUCAAAACAAUGUAUAUAAGGAUGCUCAAGGAACUUACAGGAAGAAUGGAUGAACUCAGUGAGAGCAUAAACAAAGAGAUAGUAAGCAUAAAAAGGGACAUAGAGAAACAAAAAAACAGGCAGAAAUGAAUAUUAUAAUAUUCAAAAUUAAGAAUAUACUAGAAGGAACCAAACGUAGAUUAGUUGAAGCAAGGGAUAAAACUAGUAAUUUGGAAGACAAGGUAGUAGGAGACAGCCAAUCAGAGCAGCAAAAAGAAAAAAGAAUUAAAAAAAAUUAGUAUAGUCUAAGUGACCCCUGGUAUUAAAUGAAACAUAACAAUGUGUACAUUAUAGGGGUACUAGAAGAGACAGGGAGGAAGGAAUUAAGAACCCAUUUGAAGAAAUAAUGAUUGAAAACUUCUCUAACUUGGUGAAGGAAAAACACACACAAGUCCAGGAAGCACAGAGAGUCCAAACAAGAUGAACCCAAAGAGGCCCAUGCCAAGACACAUCAUAACUAAAAUGCCAAAGGUUAAAGACAAAGAAAGAAUCUUAAAAGUAGCAAUAGAAAGACAGUAAGCCUAAGAGGGACAUCCCAUGAGACUGUCAGAUAAUUCCUCAACAGAAACGUUUCAGGCCAGAAGGGAUUGGCAUGAAAUAUUCCAAGUUAUGAAAAGAAGGACCUACAACCAAGACUACUCUAUCCAGCAAGGCUAUCAUUUAAAAUUAAGAGAGAAAUAAAGAGCUUCUCAGAAAAUAAAAUGCUAAAGGAGUUUAUUACUACCAGACCAGCAUUAUAAGGGAUGAAAAAGGGACUUCUUUAAGAAGAGAAAGAAAGAAAAGGAACAUAAUUAUAAAGAAUAAAAUGGCAAUAAAUACAUACCUAUCAAUAAUCAUUUUAAUGGAGAUCACAUAGAGGGUUAGCAGCAAGGGAGUGGGAGGGGGAGAGAUGGGGGAGACGUAGAGAGAAUAAGUAGCAUAAAUAGUAGGUAGAAAAUAGACAGGGGGAGGUUAAGAAUAGUAUAGGAAAUGUAGAAACCAAAGAGCUUACAUGUAUGACCCAUGGAUAUGAACUAAAGGGGGGGAUGUGGUUAGGAGGGGGUGUGCAGGACAGAGGGGAAUAAAGAGGGAAAAAUGGGACAACUGCAAUAGCAUAAUUAAUAAUAUAUAUUAUUUAAAAUAAUCAUUUUAAGUGUAAAAGGCUUAAAUGCUCCAAUCAAAAGGUAUCUGGUAGCUGAAUGGACAAGAAAACAAGACCCAUACUUAUAUGCUGUCUACAAGAGACCCACCUCAGAAUGAAAGAUACACAUAGACUGAGAGUAAAGGGAUGGAAAAAGAUAUUUCAUGCAAAUGGAAUGAAAAGAAAAAAAAAAGCUGGGCUCUACAGCAGAAAGAAAGAACUACCUUUUGCAACAGCAUGGAUGGAAGUGGAGAGUACUGUGUUACAUGAAAUAAGACAGGUGGCAAAAGGCAAAUACCAUACGAUCUCAUCUACAACAGGAACCUAACAAACAAAACAAACAAACGAGCAAAAUAGAACCAGAGGCAUGGAAAUAAGAAACAAACUGACAGGGACCAGAGGAGUCGGGGGAGAGGGGUUAAGGAGGAAAAAAGGGGAAGUGUCUAAUUAAAGAACAAGUAAAAAGGAUCCAUGGGCAUGGA